ACGUCGAGGGAACGGAGCGCAAACGAGAAGCUAAUGGAAAGCCAGGCUGGGGCCUGGUUCCGCCUCCACACCCAGGCGGCCACAUUGGAUUGGGCAACGCGGCGACGCUUCCGCCCGCCUCCCGGUGUCACGCGACCGUCGCCACCUCCCGCCCUUCCCUCUCUACCUCCCGGCCCGCGGGGCCAGUGAUGAGAUUUUCGGACAGGUGGGCAAGUGGCCACGGCGAUCGAGAUCUCGUCCACGCCCGCGACCAUGGCCGAGUAUCACGCCCAGAAUAAAGCCAAGCUCAUCUCUGAGACCCGGCGGAGAUUCGAAGCCGAAUAUGUGACAGAUAAGCCAGAUAAAUAUGAUCCACGUGAUGUUGAAAGGCUACAACAAGAUGAUAACUGGGUUGAAAGCUACUUACUUUGGAGACAUAAUGUUGUCGAUGAAACUCUGAAGAUGCUUGAUGAGAGUUUUCAGUGGAGGAAAGAAAUGUCUGUUAACGACCUGACUGAAUCCUCCAUUCCCAGAUGGUUAUUGGAAAUUGGUGGUAUUUAUCUCCACGGUUAUGACAAAGAAGGCAACAAGUUGUUCUGGAUCAGGGUGAAGUAUCAUGUAAAAGACCAUAAAACCAUGUUGGACAAAAAGAAGCUUAUCGCAUUCUGGUUGGAACGUUAUGCUAAACGAGAAAAUGGGAAACCCGUAACAGUGAUGUUCGACCUGUCAGAGACUGGAAUAAAUAGCAUCGACAUGGACUUUGUACGCUUUAUCAUCAACUGCUUUAAGGUUUAUUAUCCUAAAUACCUCUCAAAAAUGGUGAUCUUUGACAUGCCUUGGAUAAUGAAUGCUGCUUUCAAAAUUGUGAAAUCCUGGCUUGGCCCAGAAGCAGUGAGUUUGUUGAAGUUUACAAGUAAAAAUGAAGUCCAAGACUAUGUCAGCGUAGAAUACCUGCCUCCCCACAUGGGUGGAACUGAUCCUUUUAAGUAUAGCUAUCCACCACUAGUAGAUGAUGACUUCCAGACACCCUUGUGUGAAAAUGGGCCUAUUGCCAGUGAGGAUGAAGCUUCAAGUAAAGAAGAUAUAGAAAGUGAUGGCAAAGAAACCUUGGAAACCGUUUCUAAUGAAGAACAAACAACUCUUCUAAAAAAGAUUAAUGUGAGUGAACAUACUUCCAAAGCUGAAGAAAAUGAAAAGGUUGAUUCCAAAAUGAAAGCUUUCAAAAAACCAUUGAGUGUGUUUAAAGGGCCCCUAUUACACAUCAGCCCAGCGGAAGAACUGUAUUUUGGAAGUACAGAAUCUGGAGAGAAGAAAACUUUGAUAGUGUUGACAAAUGUAACGAAAAAUGUCGUGGCAUUUAAGGUGCGAACAACUGCUCCAGAAAAAUACAGAGUCAAGCCAAGCAACAGCAGUUGUGACCCUGGAGCCUCAGUUGAUAUAGUUGUGUCUCCCCAUGGGGGUUUAACAGUCUCUGCCCAAGACCGUUUUCUGAUAAUGGCUGCAGAAAUGGAACAGUCAUCUGGUACGGGCCCCGCAGAAUUGACUCAGUUCUGGAAAGAAGUUCCAAGAAACAAAGUGAUGGAGCAUAGGUUAAGAUGCCAUAUUGUUGAGAGCAGUAAACCAACCACCCUGACUUUAAAAGACAGUGCUUUUAACAUGUCUGAUAAAACCAGUGAGGAUCUUUAUCUACAGCUCAAUCGUUUACUAGAAAGCAAUAGGAAGCUUGAAGACCAAGUUCAGCGUUGUAUCUGGUUCCAGCAGCUGCUGCUUUCGUUAACAAUGCUCUUGCUUGCUUUUGUCAUCUCUUUCUUCUAUUUGUUGUACAGUUAAAGAAGUGGCAUUCAGUGGCAAACAUGGCUCUUUCAUUCAUUAGUGGGAAAAAGACCCAGGACUUCAUGCUACUAUAAAAGUGUCGCACAUCUGUACUUCCUGAAAGGAAAUGUGCAACACUUAGAGGGGAACAAAUCCAUGUCUUGAAAAUAAAGUCUGUUAGCAUAAGGAAACACUGGAGAAAUGGAUUAUAAGAGACUAUAGCUGUAGUUAGCCAUGUCAAGACAUAUCCGUGUGUAAAUUAAUACUUUAGAUAUAAUUUAUUUUUUUCCUUUUGAUUUGACUACUUUUCAAGUUUAAGUAUAUAUAUAUAUACAGUAGCUGAAAAGUGUAAGUAACAAGCUUUCUCGCAGCCAAAAAACGUUAUCUGCUUUUUUUUAAUGACAAAAUCAUUAUAGCUGAGCCAACUUACUAGCUUUUCUAUACUAUGUAUAUAGAACAUGUAUAUUGGGGAAAAAAACAUACAGAGUAAUUUCUGUAAACAUGACUUUGUAAUUUUGAGAAUUACUUCCAGAUGCUAGUCAAUAUUCUUUGGGUAUGUAAAACUAUUUAAUGCCAAACCACCUUUAGCCUUUGUUUCUUAUCUGUCUUCCUUAACAGUCUGCCUUUUAUUAAUCUUGGACUUUUUAAUGAACAUUCACAUUUAGGUAGAGUUUGGGAAACUAUGCUUGGUUGGGUUUUCUUUGAAUUCUGUUAAUGACGUGGAGAAGAAAAAUCCUUCGGGUCCCACCUUCCAGUCUUUUUUUACAUGGUUUCACAUUGCUCACUGUGGCUGGACACAGAUCCAUCUGUCUCAUUUAUCAGAAAGGCCUACUCCUCCAUCGUACCAUCUUCACCCGAACUCUUUUCUAAAUGAAAGGAGUUAAAAUUUCUUUGAAGAGUUUGGUUUUGAGAUGCAUUUACAUUUCCAUUCCUCGUUAAAAUUAGCCACAAGAAGGAAACUCGACAAAAGGCUAGAGUAUCUAUAAGCGUGAAAAAAAAUCAAAAAUCAAGUGUCAAGUCUCUAUUUCAGAGUGAAAAGUAGAACUCAUGAUCCAUGUGUACCACCUUCAGGCCAGGGCUAAUUGACUUGCUUGACACUCUGCCCUUGUCCCAGUAAUCCCAAGGGUGAUCCCUAAAACUCCUAAAAUGAUAACGACUUGCAGGGGCAGAGAUGAAUGAAAGGAGUUUGUUUUCUCAUUUAUACAGCCAGUUUCAGUCCGUGUUGGUUCACGUGUAAAUCUACUGGAUAUGAAAGAAAAACAAGUCUGCCUGUUAAAUAAAUGUUGAGUUUUGAUUGA